AUGCAUAGCGAGACACCCUACUGCGUUACUUGGACGUAUACAUCAGACCAGGUGGCGGAUUAUGGGUGCGCGACAAGCCCCCUUGGGGUCCUCACCGUAGAGCAGUUUGCGAGCGACACAGAGUCGAUCUACUCUAUCACGCUACCAACGCUCUCUGGUCUCGCUGUUACAGGCUGGGACAGCGAGACUUCAUCAGUCGACAGCGAUGUGACGACCGACUUCUCCAGCACGAGUAUUGAUCCAUCCGAUCCUGAAGCGACCACCCCGGUACCUGGUAGCAAUGGCAGCAACGACAACACGCCCAAGCCCAAGACAACGAAGAAGUCCACACCCGUCGGCGUGAUCGCUGGUGCCGUAGUUGGAGGACUUGUCGUUCUCUUUCUCAUUGGCGCCGCCAUCAUCUUCUUCUGUGUCAAGCGCCGCAAGGCCAAGCAGCUUGCCAACAAUCAGACCAUCAUCGCCGCGCAGCAAGCUCAACCUCAUCAAUCCGAAUACAAGCCGGUUGUUCAAUCUCCUCCAAUGCCGAUGCAGUCUCCACCACCCCAAGGCACCGGCUACUUCACCCCACAGGACCAGAAGACCAAUUAUCAACCCCUGAAUCAGGUUCACAACCAGGGGCCGCAAUCUCCUGUGCUAUCGAAUCCUCCUACGCCGGCGCCACCGUACAUGCACCCGUACUAUGCAGCACCAAAUGCACCGCCCCUGCCUGCGGAAGGAUCAGCUCAGUACCCAGCAGCCAGGGAAGGAACAUAUGAAGUCGAUGCUAUUACGGCGUCGCAUGCAAGACCCGCGCAACAACCAAAUACAUUUGAGAUGGGAACUGGGAAGUAA